UACCAUUUACUCAUUCCCUGCAAUCUUAACUAUUGGAAAAGUUAUUAAACUAAAUGUGACAGUCGAAACUUCUUGGAAUUUUUAACAAAAUCUGAUGCACCGUUAUGCGUUACAUGACAGUGAGUCACAUAACCUAUUUUUAACACACACUCAACAACAAUUCACUACUUUUUCUGAGAGACAAGAAGUCAUUCAGACUAUCUCAAAAUGGGUUCUUUGUCUCUGCAGUAUUUCUCGCUCUUCGGAGAUAGACACCCCGGCAGCCCUGCACAGGGAAGUUGUGGUUCCCAGAGGAUGAUUUCGUUGUUCGGUGGCCGGAGAGGGUCGAGGGGUCAGCAGACGGGCGUGACCAGCCGGGACAGUCAGCAGGACAGGGAAGAAGAUGGGUUUGUUCUCCUGGGAGAAACUGCUAUAGAGAGGACAACAGUGCAGUAUGGUCAGGAACUGCCAGGUGGCACUGCUCCACCACCAGCGUAUCAUCAGGUAGCCACACCACCACAUCUGCCUCCACCAGUGAACAACCCCCCUCCCACAGCAGGCACAAACUCUCCCACCGUGCCACGGUCCGUCUUGUCCGACGUCCCCUUCGCGUUCUCGCGCCAUCUCGCUGCUGCUGUCGGAUCGCAGUCACAGUUCCGCGUCCCUCCCCUCCGAACACCAGACUUGAACCAGUACUGUUAUGACUUUCACGUGGAGCGGUCGGUCCUGAGAGAGGCAGGGCUACUGGAGGAGUGGGAAUGGAGAAGGAACAGUAAAACACAGGCUGCAAAAACAGAGCCCAUGGAGACAGAACCUGUCAGAAAUAAUCCAACUGGCGAGACUCAGGAUCUUAUGACCUUUGAGUAGUUUUGGCAUUUCAAAACAUCAGGAAGGACUUGAAAUCUUCUACUUUUGUGGCAAAGUAUUUGUUUGAUUAUAAAUUGAAGGAUGUUAUUUUGAUACAGUACAGUAACAUGUAACUGUUACAGAUGUAUUUAUGAUUUUGUGUACAAUCUCUUGGAAGCUGUCCUAUUUUUUCAACACUGGACAUGUUUUAGUACCAACUGUACCAUGUUCAAAAGUUUGACAGUCAUUAUGUAAAGUGAUAUUGUAUAGACAUGGACCCAUCUCAAGUGUAGGUUCACUGUGAUUGAAAUGUUAUCCUUUGAUAUAUGCUGAUUUUGAACUAUAAAAAAUAGCCUUGUACAGGAAUAUUGUAUAUAAUACUGUUGAUUUGGGAGAACUGCUAUUUUAAUUGUAGAAUGAGAAUAAGAAAUGAUAAGUUG